UAUCGUUAGCCGAAGAAAUUAUUCAAUCAAAAUGGCUUCAAUUAACAAACUUUUGUUUAUUCCACUAAUUGUCCUGCUGAGCAAAACUGUGUGUAGUGAACAAAAUUGCAAACAAGCCAUUGACGAAGCUCCCAACAGUGCCCUCGGUUUCGAGCUGAUGGAAGAAAGAAUGGACAAACUACAGUUUAGUUUCCUGGAACUAUUCGUCCACGUGAAGGAGCUGGGUGAACUGAUCGUCAACAAUCAGCGUACAAUAGAGCAAAAUCUGCUUGAAACUCGACAAGAAUCCAGCAAUUUGAUGCAUGCUUUGGAGGCCAAACUAACAACAAAUGUUUCGCUUAUCACCAGCUAUUCCAAACAAAUAUUAGACUAUCAAACCAUUUGCACAAACCACGAAGAGAUCAGAAACGAACUCUCCAAGUUGAAGCCAAAUGUGGCUCGCUACCGCAGUCGUCCAGCAGAAAAGGACGAACUAGAAACAGUAGAAAGCCAUUAUAGUCCGACAUCAAUACCAAAAUCAUGCCAAGAAGUAAACUCGACCACUUCUGGAGUGUUCAAACUGGCGAUAAUCAAUGAAAACGAGCCUUCCAUCGUUCUAUGUGAUCUACAGCAGUUCGGUGGUGGUUGGCUGGUGUUUCAGCACCGAUUCAACGGUUCCGUGUCCUUUUACCGAAACUGGACGGAUUACAAAAAUGGCUUUGGGGACGUCGGAGGGGAGUUUUGGCUAGGUUUGGAAAAGCUUCAUCAGCUCACCAGCGAGGGCCGAUGGGAAUUGGCUGUGGAGAUGAAAGACUUCCAAGAUAGCUACAAAUACGCCCGCUAUACGGAAUUCGCGGUGGGUAGCGAGGCUGAAAAAUACGCGCUAACCAAGGUCGGGAUGUAUUCUGGUACUGCUGAAGAUUAUCUGAUCUACCAUAAAGGAGGCAAAUUUUCCACAUAUGAUAGUGACAACGAUGCUAGCAGCGGUAGCUGUGCUAAAACAUUGCAGGGAGCUUGGUGGUUCAAAGAGUGUUAUCAUUGGUAA